AGUCGCUGCGUUCUGCAUUCACCCCGGGAUGGCGUUGGAUUUCUUGGCUGGAUGCGCAGGAGGUGCAGCCGGUGUGUUGGUUGGACAUCCGUUUGACACAGUAAAGGUGCGUCUACAGGUUCAGAGUGUGAAGAAGCCUCUUUAUCGUGGAACUAUUCACUGCUUCCAGUCCAUCAUCAAACAGGAAUCUGCAUGGGGACUGUACAAAGGGGUCGGCUCGCCCAUGAUGGGGCUAACGUUUAUCAACGCUCUUGUGUUUGGCGUUCAGGCGAACACCAUCCGAUACCUCAGCAAUGACACACCGUUGAACCAGUUCUUGGCCGGUGCCGCGGCCGGAGCCAUCCAGUGCGUCAUCUGUUGUCCCAUGGAGCUGGCGAAAACCCGACUGCAGCUGCAAGGCACCGGGGAGUACAAGUCCAAAUCCAAAAACUACAAGAAUUCUCUAGACUGCCUCGUGAAGAUCCACCGGAAAGAGGGCUUGAAGGGCAUCAACCGAGGGAUGGUGACCACCUUUCUCAGGGAGACCCCCAGCUUUGGGUUUUACUUCCUGACCUACGACUAUCUCACCAGGUACCUCGGCUGCGAGAUCAACGACCGAUACAUCAUCCCCAAGCUGAUGUUCGCCGGGGGCAUGUCGGGCAUCGCGUCUUGGCUGUCGACCUACCCCAUCGACGUCAUCAAAUCUCGACUUCAAGCCGACGGCAUCGGCGGCGUGAACCAAUAUAAUGGCAUCUUGGACUGCGUCAGGCAGAGCUAUCAAAGCGAAGGCAUGAGGGUCUUCGCGAGGGGUUUGACGUCCACCUUGCUGAGAGCCUUCCCCGUCAACGCUGCUACAUUUGCCACCGUCACUCUGUUCCUCAUGUAUAUGAGAUCGGAGAACGCCAUCGGCGAGUGCGAGGCUGGGCCGGCGUUACAGCAGCCGACCAGCAUGUAGACUUCCCAGCCGGCGCAUAUGAACAUGUAUCCCAGUAGACUUAUUUUUAUAUGUGAGUUGUAUAAAUAUUCUGUACAUAGACGAUAUGUAUAAUUUGGGGUUUAUACGCAUUUUAGGCAGGCUUUUAUCUCAAGUCUACAAUAGAGCGUGGCCUUAUUGGAACAUACUGACCCACUGUUGGCAGUAACUUGGCGCUACGAUCCCGGAGAUCCCAUCGGCAUCUACUCCAUGAAUGUGAAAUCAGAAGAUCUCUUUUUUCGAGAUUAUGAAUAUUUGGGAGAGGCCAUGGCACAAGAGUCGGAACGGUGGCUUAGAAUGUUUAGCCAU